AUCACAGUCACAGGAUUCCACAGAAAACCUUCCCUCCAGGCCCUCCCAGGUCCCCUGGUGAAAUCAGGAGAGACGGUCAUCCUGCAAUGUUGGUCAGAUACCAUGUUUGACCACUUCCUUCUGUCCAGAGAGGGGAUCUCUGAGGACCCCUUGCUCCCCACCGAAGAGCCCCGUGAUGGUGGCUCCCAGGCCAACUUCUCCAUAGGUCCCAUGAUGCCUGCCCUUGUAGGGACCUACUGAUGCUACGCUUCUGUCACUCACUCCCCCAUGACUGGUCAUCUCCCAGUGACCCCCUGGACAUCGUGAUGACAGGUCGAUACAGGAAACCUUCUCUCUCAGCCCAGCCGGGCCCCACGGUUCGGCCAGGAGAAAACGUGACCUUGUCCUGCAGCUUCUGGAACUGGUUUGACCUGUACCAUCUAUCCAGGGAGGGGGAGGCCCCUGAACAUAGGCUCCUUGCAGUGCUGAAUGUCAGUGGAACAUUGCAGGCCCACUUCCCUCUGGACCCUGCCACUCACGGAGGGACCUACAGAUGCUUCGGCUCUUUCCAUGGCACUUCCUACGAGUGGUCAGCCCCAAGUGACCCACUGCCCAUUUCUGUCACAGGUGAGGAAGCUAUCUCUUCCCCAAAUAGUGGAACUCAGAUGGACUACAAUGGCCACAUCAGGGGAGACUCAGAUGGCCAUGGGGGUGUCAGCCAGAGAUGCUGA